AAAUAUAGAAGGAACAGAACAUAAGGAAUUUCAGAUUCAAACCCUUGUCUGCAUUAAAUCCUGCAACUUUUGUUGUUUAGCUGCAAUUGCAAUGGGAUCCCUGUUUCCCUGUCUUCCAGAUGAAAUUGGGUGGAAAUGCCUGCUGAAGGUGGAGUUGAAUUCUCAUCACAAUCUCAGGUGUGUCUCCAAAAGCUGGAACGACGCAUUGAAAAGCCCCCACUUUUAUCAAGAAAGAAAAAGAUUAAUGAUUUCUGAGCAACGGAUUUGUAUGCUCCAGAACAUAAACGGCAUUUGCAACGGAGUAGCGGUAUACGACCUGGCGAAGAACUCGUGCAAAAAUCUACCGCCUGUUCCCGCUGAAAUUAACGGCAUCUUUCACUGCCAUUUCGUGAAACAAAAACUGGUUUUGAUUUCGGAUUUGCUUCCCGACUCUACAAGAAGGUGUGUGUGGUUGUACGAUUUUGCUUGUUCGAAAUGGCGACAGGGUGCCAAAAUGCCAACAUGGCUGAAUAAAUUUGCCUCUGCAGCGGAUGAGCAAGGGGGACUGAUUUAUGUUGGAGGAGGGUAUACCAACUUUCACGACAAUGAUGCAGAUUACAGAAGGUAUGGUUACCCCGUCCGCAAUGCUUCUGUUUACAAUGUGGAGGAGGACAAGUGGGAUUUUCUCCCCGACAUGAACACCAAAAUAGCGGACUGUAGUGGUGUUUAUGUUGACGGCAAGUUUUAUGUAGUGUACAGCCAGGCGGGGAUCUUUUUUCAGGUUUUUGAUUCGUACACGAGGAGCUGGAAAUCUAUGGCGAAUCGCUGGUAUAAAAUGGUGAAUGAAUUCGGAAGGGUGUGUCCUCUAAGCGCAUAUGGGCGCUUGUUUUGCUUGUCUGGUAGGGGAUUGAUUGAAUAUGACUAUAGCGAAGAUAAGAUGCACUUUAGAGGUCCAGGGCCUUCUUUCAUGGAGGAGAGGUCACGAAUUAAUUUCGCUAUAGAGGUUGGCCAUAACAUCUUUGUGAGCAGCCUGAAUCGCUUUCUGUUUCAUAAUUUCGCUACAGAGGUUGGUCAUAACAACUUUAUGAGAAGCUUGGAUCUCUUUCAUUGUCAAAAAUUUUGUAAGCUCGCACCUCCAAGUGAGACAGGAGGAGCAUUCAAGUGGAUUGGCAUUGAGAGACCAUCGGGUCUUCAGGGUAUGGCUGUAGGGGCUGCCACCCUGGAUCUUUGACUGUUUUUGAGCUUGGAUUCAGUUCAAUUGGUGCUUAGACGGGGGCCAUUACUAGUAAUUUUUGCCAAACAAUGAGACUGGUAAUCUCGACAACAAGUCGUGUAGUCAGACUUUGAAUAUGCAAUGGACACCUCAAUAGGCACUCAUAAGCUACGGUACAUUACGGGGAACAAUGCUUUGGAUUCUAAGAGGAGGACCUCAUUGAGUGGGUGAUAUCAUCGUCCAAGGAAGAUAUUGCAAUAAUAGAACAAAGAAUACAUAGUUAGAGUAAUGGAAUGAUGGACAUUUGGCUAAGUAUCAAUAUAACCUUGGGAACUGUUAUGAGGAAAUGAAAGAGAAUCAGCCAAAAUUUUGGCUAAGUUUGGAAG